CAAGUUAGGAAAUUCCCACAGAACACAACAUGUGUCUGAUCCUAACAGGCGAGACCACAGCCGAUCCUUCAAAUUAGACUUAUCUGGAGGAGUCUGCAUCCGCUGUGCUAUAAAACGCAGGACUGGCAGAAGGACAGAAAGAGGCUCGGCACGUCUCAGUCAGCUUUGGUGCAAGAUGGCAAAAGUUCUUCUCAUAUCGGUUCUGCUCGUAUUCACGACUUGGUGCGGCACACAUGGCAAUGAAGGUGCAUUCUCCUUCCACGUGGAUAACGUAAUCCGAAUCGUGGAGGACCUGGAGCGUUUGAGCCCGGAGCUGGAGAUCCUCGAUGCUGUAGAGCUCCUACUCUCAGCGGGACACUACGACAGCGCGCACCUUCGACUCCUGCUGGGAGACGGAACGAGGAGCGACCGCAAGCCCGCACCUUUAGAGCUGAGCCAGGAUCAAACACACUUCAUCAGCAGCCUCCUUCACCACAAGGUCUCGGGAGCCAGGGAGGGAGGGGUGGUCUUGACUCCAGAUGGCACUUCGGUGGCAGUCGCCCCUCUUCUCAUUGGCAUAGAAGCCGGGCUGAAACAGAAGAGGCUGGCCCUUGAAAACGUAGACGUCCUGUACACAGCGUCCCUGGCGAAAUAUUUAGGUUUGUCCUUUGUCGGUCACCACGGGAGGCAGAACAGCGAUCGUCUGGGGCCGGACGGCUGCUGGGAUGAUGUGAAGACCCCCCGGGUUUUUACCCUGAUGGGGGACCCUUCUCCAGCCACCGACGCGCUUAUUAACGGAGCGCUGGAUGGCGUGAUUUUGGGGGACCAGCUUUCCAAAGAGGGCAAGCCCCCCUCACUGAGUGCCCUGCUGAAAGGGUAUUAUCGGUACGGGGCUGAGGCAGCAGCAGGACUCCGUCCCGGGCUGCAGAGUCGUUUUAGACGAAGGAAUUUCGCAGCUCUGGUCAGUAUGCCGGUCCUGCAGGAGCAGACAGUGAAGUCCCUUACUCUGCACUGGGAGCUCAGCAGCCUGCCGCCCCUGAAAGACAUUGAGGGGAUCGUGAGAGAAGGGCUGCAGGACUUCCAGCAGAGGUACCUUGACUGCCCCCCGGUGAUCCCGAGAUGUAUGUGGGGGGCUCAGCCGUACCGGGGUACCCCCACAAACCUAAUGCUGCCCCUGAGCUUCCUGUACAUCCACCACACCUACCAGCCAGGCCAGCCCUGCACAAGCUUCAGCCAGUGCGCUGCCGACAUGAGGAGCAUGCAGCGCUUCCACCAGGAGGACCGCGGCUGGGACGACAUCGGAUACAGCUUCGUGGCGGGUUCUGACGGCUACCUGUACGAGGGUCGCGGGUGGGAGUGGCAAGGUGCCCACACCAAAGGGCACAACUCCAAAGGCUAUGGAGUGAGCUUCAUCGGCGACUUCACCUCUGUGCUCCCGGACGCCUCCGCGCUCGCCCUCGUCCGAGACAACUUCGCCAAGUGUGCUGUGCAGGGGGUGCGCCUCGUCCCCGACUUCAUCGUGCACGGGCACCGGCAGGUAGUGGACACCUCCUGCCCCGGGGACGCGCUCUACUCCGAGAUAAUGACGUGGAAGCACUUCAAGGUCUCUCCCUGUGACCAGGCUCCCCAGAGGACCUGUCCUGCCGUAGACGUCACAAACGCAGUUACAGUUCAGGGGCUGCAGAGAGAGCGCGCGAGACCCCCAAGUCACAUGACCCACCCGGUUUCCCAAAUUCCGCCCAGCCGGCGUUACACAGCUCCCCCCUAAGUUGCCUUGUCACCGAGGAGACCAACAAAGUCCCGAAAACAACGGGGGGGGUCCUGUACUGGCGUUGGGGUCUCAACCAAGAGCAGUCCGAUUUAGGGAAGCAGUCCGCUUGCGCCGGGGGCUGUAAACCCACACCAGCUCCCCAGCUGUGAAGUGGCUGACGUUGUAGUUGUAGUUCUGGCAGCAGCCCAGAGCCUGAAGCUGUGGGCUGCCUCCAGGCGAUCCUGUAGUCGUCGGGGGUAUUCCAGGCUAGGUAGUUCGGUGACGAGGUCCGGUGGGCAGCCGAACGCCUUGCAAAUAAGGUUUAUUCACGCAUUUGUCUUCUGGAGUUUUACUUAUUUGAAGUUUGAAAUUUUACUUAAGUGUACUUUUAUGUAACUUCCUAGUUGGCUAGUGAAACAGAAAAACAAAAUGUGUAAGAAAUACUUAUAAAACCUGUCGAACAAAUUGCUUUGGUUUAAAAUAAAAUAAAUGUAAUUGCUUUAAAUUAUCCUGUUUUUUGGGGGAUUUUGAGAUGAGCGUGGGUAGGGAUUCUUGGCUGGCGGUUGGGCUCUGGAAAAUAUUCCAUGAGAAUUUAAGCCCUGGUAGCAGUGGUGAUCGUCAACUGGACCAUGACCGUAUGGUUGAAACCAGGCCGUCACUCUGCGGGUGGUAGGGGGUCGUCCCCGUUUUGUGGGUCCCCAGCAGAUGGCACAUCUCCGAAAACACCCGGGAUUCGAAGUUCCAUCCCAAGUUACUGUGGAGCUCCUGGGGCACCUCGAAUCAGCUGAAGAACCCCUCCAGCAGUGCUUCAACCACUAUCCCUGCUUCCUGGUCGGACAGCGCGUAGGCUUCAAGCCACUUAAUAAAGUAGUUGAGGGAGACCAGGACAAAUUGGUUCUCCCUUUCCAAGGGGGAGGGGGGGAUAAUGGGCCGAGGAUUUUGAGCCCAAUACUCUCCAUUGGACCGCUGGUGGGAAAAUGCUGGAGGGGGUGUAUGACCGAUCCCUUGUAGGAGGUGGAGUUGUAUUAAAGAUAAAGCAAUCUGUGUACAACAACUAGGGGUCUCUCUCACCAGUCCCAAACCAAAAAGGAAAGGAGGAAAGCUUUCUCGUCUGCGUGGGUCUUAAAUUACUGUUUAAAUCUUUUUGUAUUUUAUUUUACAGGAAGUCCAAGCACCAGAAAGUUUU